AUGUCCGACCAGGAUUUGAAAAACGCGAUUCUCCGACUAACCGAACUGGUAGUCAACCAACAAGAGCAGAUUCAACUCCUCAAGCGAACCGGUCAAGCCAGCCAACCGGGAAGCGAGAAGAUAAUCGAAUCGUUGGCCACGGGAAUUGAAGAUUUUUACUACGAUCCUGACGGUGGAGUGUUCUUCGACGCGUGGUUUGCUCGCUACGAAGAUGUCUUCAAGUUCCACGAGCGAUACGUAAAUAGUAUCUUGCCAAGACAUCCCCGCGAUUUUGGCCUGGACGAAACGGUGAAGAAACUUAAGAAACUUUUUGGUCAUCAAACCUCGCUGUUCAACGAUCGUUACCGUUGUCUUCAGUAUACUAAGAACGAAGCAGACGAUUUUUCAAGUUAUGCUGCCUCUGUGAACAAGCAUUGCGAAGCAUUCCAACUCACCAAGCUCACCGAUGACCAAUUCAAGGCGCUACGUUUUGUUUGCGGUCUACAAUCUCCCCGCGAUGCAGACAUCCGAACUCGAUUGAUCGGCAAAUUGGAAGCUGAAGAGCAUGCUCCGCCAGCAGACGGCACAAAGCUAACCUUGGAAAAUCUCGUCGAGGAGUGUCAUCGGUUCAACAGUCUAAAGCAGGACACCAAGUUGGUAGAGAAGCCCGUUCCGGAAAAAUCCGUCGUCAACGCUGUUUCCACCAAGCCUGCUAAGAAAAAACAACCGAAAUCUCCGUGCUGGUUUUGCGGUGAUUUACAUUUCGUAAAGGAAUGUUCCUAUCAAGACCACAAUUGCAACAAGUGCAAACGAAAAGGGCAUAAAGAAGGUUACUGCUCAUCCGCUGAAUCAAAAUCAAAGCCAGCAAAGAAGUUCGAAAAACAAAAGUACAAGGCAUUUGUGAAGUCCAAAGGAAUUUCAGUGAAACGCAUCGAUCUUCAAGGGAAGAGGAAAUACGUUAUUGUUGGAAUCAAUGGCAAAGAAGCUGUCCUUCAGUUAGAUUGCGCUUCUGAUAUCACCAUUAUUUCUACGCAGACCUGGGAGGCGAUAGGCAAACCAGCCAUCAGAGAAACUGACAUAACCGCCAUCAGCGCUUCCGGAGACAAGAUUAACAUGGCUGGUGAGUUCCUUGCAGACAUAACCAUCCGAAGCGUGACAAAAGCUGGCAUUGUCUAUGUGUCAUCAAGCCCGGAUUUGAAUGUCCUUGGAAUUGAAACAAUCGAUCUAUUCCAUCUAUGGUCGAUUCCUUUCAACUCACUGGUCAAUGCUGUGCAUCAGAAGCCGGAAGACAUUGAGCAAAAGCUGCGUACGAAGUUCCCGGAAGUGUUCCAGAGCACACUUGGCCGGUGUACCAAGGCAAAAGUUAAACUCUACCUGAAGCCCAACGUCCGUCCCGUGUACUGUCCCAAGAGACCAGUUGCAUAUGCUGCUCUUCCCAAGGUGGAUGCCGAACUUCAACGUCUUCAGGACAAGGGAAUUAUCUCACCAGUGAAGUUUUCCGACUGGGCAACUCCAAUAGUAGUGGUCCGUAAGUCAGACAACGUUUCCGUCCGUAUCUGUGGCGACUAUUCUACAUCCAGUUUGUGCGCACUGAAGACUUUGGACACGCUGACCUCCUUUCACGACUAA